AUGCCUUAUCGACAACAUGCACCUUCCACGUUCACAAACCCUGCAGACCAGUCCAGAUACACAGAUUCUGUCAGGGCCACUGACUUGGGGAAUGGUGGAGAUAAUGCCCCGGCCAGGAAUCUAGCGUUGACUGCCUCCACAAUUGCAGCCUCCAGACGCGACGCCGUUGAAAAUGCCACAGCUUCGACCUUCAGUUCCCGGAGAAGGCAGUCGUCGAUCCCGAGUGCCAAAGCUCCCGUAGGUCCGCGACCUCUGGACCACGGUACUGGGAAAAGGUCAAUAAGCAACUCGAUGAACCCUCAGUUCAAUUCUGUCCGUGGAACCUCCACCGAUGCAUCCCAAGAGCCCGAACUAUCCAUCAACGACAUCUCCAGAUUCAGCUUUGCAUCCAUACAGGUCAAUCCGUCAGCGCAGGACCAUGGAAAUGCGUCACUGGACUUUGGCAAUUUCCUCGAACCGACGUUCAACUUCGACGACUUUCAAGAUACAAUAGUUGGCACAGACCCUAACCUGAACAAUUUCCCUCUCCCUGGUCGAGGUGCAUCUGUGAAAGGUGCUGACCCCAACGGAACCUCCGCAACCGUGCAGAAGAAGCCCAUAUCGCAACCAGCGAUCCCUAUACCAACACGCAAAGGGUCUGGGGUAACGCCUCUCGCGCGCAAAGGUUCGACAGCCUCCACGACCUCAAGAAAGUCCUUACAGUCCGAUCCAAUGACUGCAACUACCACAUCCAUCCUCCGAGGUAGACGACAGAGCCACUUCCCUCCUAAUUCUUUCAACAACCCAAACACUACUGGCAAGGCGCCCAGAAAGUCAGUCGGUCCGGGUACGUUCAUUGCCCCAGAAGCAGCAGAAAAGACGGCAACAAAACAACGACCGAGCAUUGGCGGAAGGAAAUCAAGUGCAGAAAGUACAAAGAGUCUGACGCUGAGGCAUGUCAAUCACCGGGCCGAAGAGAGUAGUUCGGAGGAGACAAAAACUACAAGAGCAAGAGCCAGCAGAGCCUCUUUGGCACCAAAGCGACAGGCGUCAAAAGACCUGCUUACGCCGUCUAGGACGCCGGAUCAUUCGAAAUCGGCCACAUCAAGCGCUCAUCAAACUCCGACUAGAAGAAGUGGCACACCCGGGAGGACAACGACGCCUGGAGGCAACGGUGAUCUUGCGCGUCGAAUGUCAGUCAAACCCCACCAUGCAACGGGGCUAGGUGCCCGAACCGUAAGCCCGACGGAUGCUCGACGCAUGAAAAGAAUGUCUAUCGUUCCUCCAGCACCACCUAUACCUCAAAGCCGGAUAUCUCAAGCACCGCCAACUCCUCAACCUGAACCAGUCCCGCAAAUACCCUCAUCUGACCUGCAGUCGCCCAGCUAUCCUAGUCGCAAAAGCCUAACACCAUCUUCAUCAAGGACGACACCAGAUCCGAACCGCAAGUCGUACAGCUCAGGUCAAUCAUUGUCGUCCAACACUAGCUACAGUUCGAUCCGAAACACAAUUAACAAUGUGGCACGCCUCUCUCAAGCAUUGAAUUCGUCCAGGUUACCAACACCAAAGCCUCGACUGGACACGUCUACAAGUACGUAUGAACUCGAGGUACCACCGGUCCCAGCUAUACCCAAGGCGUAUGAAUCUCCUGGAAGCGAGCAAGAACAACCUUUCUUCUCGGCCAGGUCUUCGGGGUUGCCACCAUUUGACGGACCGAUAUCUGCAAGCCCGAUAGUCUCUGGCUUAGCUGACGCCAUGAAAGCAUUGGAAACGCCUCGAGCACCUAGUUCAUCGUCACAUAUGUCUGGUGUGCCUUUACAGGCCGAGAUGGAACUCAAACCGAAGCCACAAGCCAAAGCCAAACCAAAGCCUGUGCAGAAUUUACGACUUCCGCCGUUGACCUUAUUGCCGCUGAGUACACCCACAGCUGCAAAGAUCAGGUCGCUCAAUGCCAAACCUGAGACAGGCGAAGGAACCACCACGCCGCCUGGAGAUCGCGCCAUCAUGAAAACUCCGAGCACCCCGAUGACCGCUUCCAAGGCGACUUUCUUCUCCAAGGGACACCAGCCUACCGAGCAAACUCUGGUACUGCGAAGUAGCACUUCACAUCAUGCUCUCCGAACGGCUGACGCCCGCGCUCCUAGCGAUAUCAGUCCGGCUUUGCCUCCCUUCGCAUUUGGUGGUGAUCAGGCUAACCAUCGCAAUAUAUCUCCCUUUGUAUCCUCAUCCUUGCCCAAGAACAAUGAGGAGUUUGGGAACUUCAUGAGACCCAACUUCAUCACUGAGUUAAGUCGGAAUCCGAGUCAAGCGAAACCCAAUGGCCCGAGAGCUCCGAGCUUCUCUAUGAGUCAAAAGGUCGAGGCUGCACCGAGCCCCGAGAAACCAUCCGAAGUCCCAUCUACAUUCUCGACUUCAUCACUCAGACGAAAAUUGAGCCGCAAACGGAGUGAACCGAAAAUGGCAGAACAAGCUCCUCAAGAGAAUGAUCUAGCCAAAUAUGACAAUAUGCCUCCGCCGAAAUUGCCUGCCUCGGCAAGCUGGACGAGUACUCAGAUUGGAAAUUCAAGUCCUCAAAAACCGUCAUACCUUAGGUCCAGGAGACAGGCGUCUUCUGGUAGUAUGAAGAGUGUACCGGAACGACAAGAGAGCUUCGAUAGCACAUUCUCACAAUUCUCCAACAACCGACCGUCUGUGGAAGCAGCCAGAGGCCUGAUGCAACAUGCAAACAAAUCCGGCUCUCUGUCUGCGAGUACCCCCAGUCUUCUCUCGACAAACACACCUCUGCACAAGCAACAAGAAUCUGCCUUGGACCGUGAUGACAUGCUUGCGGAAGAAGAGAUGAAGAAGUUGGCAGCCAAAAGAAAAGACUUUGAAUCUGCUGCACGUGAACUUGACGCCCUCAAUGCGAGGGCCAAGCCUGUCAAGCGCAUGUCGCACGAGACAGCCAGCCGUAUAUUCAACUUGAACCUCUUUGAACGUGGUGAGAUUGUCGACUACCCCGACAUCUAUUUCACCGGCUCGUUGAGCGGCAGAAAGAUUGUGGGAGACUUGAACUCCGCAGCUUCCAAUUUUGGCUAUGAUGACGAACGAGGGGACUACAACAUUAUUGAAGGAGAUCAUCUUGCAUAUCGAUAUGAAGUUGUCGACGUGCUUGGAAAGGGCAGUUUUGGUCAAGUUGUGCGCUGUGUGGAUCACAAGACUGGUAUGCUUGUCGCUGUGAAGAUUAUUCGCAACAAGAAGAGGUUUCACCAACAAGCCCUUGUGGAGGUCAACAUCCUUCAGAAAUUGAAGGAAUGGGACCCCCACAGGAAGCACAGCGUCAUCAGCUUCGACCAAAGCUUCUACUUCCGAGGUCACCUCUGUAUAUCCACCGAUCUUCUAGGCAUGAACCUUUACGAAUUCAUCAAAGCUCACGAUUUCCGAGGCUUCUCUUUGAAGCUGAUACGACGAUUCACGAAGCAAUUACUCCAGACUUUGACGCUUCUGCAACAACAUAAAGUUAUUCAUUGCGAUCUCAAGCCAGAAAAUAUUCUGCUUGCUCAUCCUGUUCACUCCGAAAUCAAGGUUAUCGAUUUCGGUUCGAGUUGUUUUGAAAAUGAAAAAGUGUACACCUACAUUCAGUCUCGAUUUUACCGGUCACCCGAAGUCAUCCUGGGCAUGUCUUAUGGUAUGCCAAUUGACAUGUGGAGUAUUGGAUGCAUAUUGGCCGAACUGUUCACCGGGUAUCCGAUAUUCCCGGGUGAGAAUGAGCAAGAGCAAUUGGCGUGCAUCAUGGAAGUUUUUGGUCCUCCAGAAAAGCAUCUGAUUGAAAAGAGUAGUCGAAAGAAGCUUUUUUUCGACUCAAUGGGAAAGCCUCGCCUGACAGUUUCAUCCAAGGGGAGAAGGAGACGGCCUAGCUCCAAAGAUCUGCGACAAGUCCUCAAAUGUGAUGAUGAAGCAUUCCUUGACUUUAUCGCCAAAUGUCUGAGAUGGGACCCCGCUCGACGAAUGGGUCCUCUCGAGGCGAGCAAGCACGAAUUCAUCACCGGAGUCAAAAUCACGAGCGCCACAAGAAGGAACCUUUCAGUGGCGAACUCCCCCAUGAAGAGAGUCAAUUCUGUGACUGGCGCUGGUGGUGCUAGACCCUUGCCACAACCUCCCACCGCUUUGAAGGCUCCUAUUAUAAAUCGACAAGAAACCUCCCCAAGCAAACCUGGAGCAAGACGUCAAUCAACCGUGGCACAAUCACACGCCAAACGAGCUUCCCAUGCAGCAAUGACGGCUUCACAAUCGAACCCCAAUCUUACGAGGUUGACGGCAGGUCAAAGGAGCUUGAGUGGGAGAUCUGACUUGGCAACUGCUGCUGCAGCUGCAAGCCUGAUCAAGUAG